AUGGCGAGUCAGCAAAUCAUCACCCCGUCAACUCUAGAGACAAUCUCAAAAGGAUUCGAGAGGAGCAUGACGGACCGACUGGGUUCUAUAUUCGUUGGAAUGUUCCACGAUCACGGAAACAAGUAUCCGGUCCCCUUUGACGAGGCCUGGCAGUGGUUGGAAUACAGCACCAAGGCCAAUGCCUUACGCCGGCUGGAUAAGUACAAAGAGAAUGAGAGUUUCAUCAGAUUUGAGGACAAUGCUACAGGUGGUGCCGUCGCCCACAGAUACUUCCUCACGACGGAUUGCUUCGAAGACCUGGCCAUGAGGACAGAGACGGCCGUCGGUGACAGCGUCCGUCGGUACUUUCGAGCGAUCAGGAAUGCAUACGUUGAGGCUCUACAGUCAUUUAAGACGAUCGAGACCCGUGAGAAGGCAUUGGAGAUGCUUCUGGACAAGCAAGGGUGCCUAUAUCUUGCGUGUAUCAGUGAGAGUGGGAAGCUGUACAAGUACGGUUGCAGUACCAACCUCCAAAAGCGGAAUGGCUGGAAGAGGGCUGCCCACAAGAGCCAACACACGAUCCAACACCUCUAUGUGGGUGGCACGAGCAACGAUGAGAAGUGUAAGGAGGUUCUACUGGCAAAGGAGAAGACCCGACAAGCCGAGAUAGAUGCUAAGGUGCGCAUGGCUGAAUUGGAUCACGCUCUGAGGAUGGAAGAGCUCAGGCUGGCAGCUCUGACGCAAGCAGGGCGAGCUGCAGCUGAACCUCCUGCAGUUCGCAGUCCUCCUGCAGUUCGCAGUCCAACAGCUGACCCGCUGGACGGGUGGGAGCAAAGUCGUGGUUCCAAUUCUCCCGAUUGUGAGCAAGCGGGGACAUUGUCGGCCACCUCCAGCACUGUGAGGCCUGCUCCUCGACUGCAAGACAUGGCUCUGUCUGACUGCUGGGUGUCCACAACCGCCGAACGUACAGAAGAGCUACCAGAAGAGGACUCUGCAACGACAACGAUCGUGCUGGCAGGAGGAGAAGCACAGGCAGUCGCGGAUGGAGGCGAGAACCUUGGCAUCGAGCAGCAAGUUCAAGGUGCUGCCCCACCAAAUGCCAAAGCCUCUCCACGCGACAACGAGGUGGAGAAGCUGAUCAGGCGAUUUGUCGAAGAGCAGUGUGUUGUGGGGGUGUCGAAGAAGGUAACAUCAAAGGAAUUCCGUGCGCACCUAUUUGCCACGUACGGUGAAAUCCCCAGGCGUCUGCUCGGCCAGAGGCGUAUUGGUAUGAUCAUGCAUGCGAUAGGAUUCGAGGGGAUAGAGAUGACGUUUGAAUCGAAGCGCUGCAGGGGCUUUGCGGGAGUCUCUUUGAAGCCUCAAGCCGAGUAG